CUGCGUCAUCACUGAGCGUCAGUGUUUGAUGAUUAAGUAGCUCGUUGGCUAAGCUAACAGCUCACAGCGCCGACUCUCAUCUGCUGUGUUUUCCUGGAUUAAUCGUAUGGCAGCAGGGCCUUGGGUGCUGAAUGAGGUCUAGUGUUCUCUUGGUGUGGGCCUCCACGUGGAGCUGAGAUGGGCCAGCAGAUCUCUGGCCAGGCAGUCAUCAGCAAACUGCCUGAGAAGCUAGUGAAGCAUGCUGGGCUAGUGAGGGACAGCGGCUACCUCACCUACGAGGAGUUCCUGGGCCGAGUAGCAGAACUUAAUGAGGUAACUGCAAAGCUGGCAGCUGGCCAACAGAAGCAUCUCCUUUUUGAAGUUCAGCCUGGAUCUGAUGCAUCUGCUCUGUGGAAAGUGGCUGUGAGGAUAGUAUGCACUAAGAUUAAUAAAGAGGAUGGUAUGGUGGAGGCCUCCCGUAUUAUGAACCUAUACCAGUUUAUCCAGCUUUACAGAGACAUCACUAGCCAAGCAGCUGAAGUGCUGGCAGCAGAGGGUGCCGCUGAGUGCUCCUCUGGACAGCUUUCCUCUGCACAGUCCUGCCAGGCUAGCAUGUGGAUGGGCAGGGUGAAGCAGCUGACUGACGAAGAAGAAUGCUGUAUCUGUAUGGAUGGAAAAGCAGACCUUAUUCUGCCGUGUGCACACAGCUUCUGUCAGAAAUGUAUUGACAAGUGGAGUGGUCAAAGUCGAAACUGUCCCAUCUGUCGUAUUCAAGUGACUGCUGCCAAUGAAUCAUGGGUAAUGUCUGAUGCCCCCACAGAGGAGGACAUUGCCAGCUACAUUCUCAAUCUUGCUGAUGAGGCUGGCCACCCCCACAGACCUUAAACUGAAGCACUGUCACUUUCACACCUGCUUGGUCUCAUUGUUAGACUGAUUUAUCGACUGUAAAGAAAAACUGUUUUAAAAGGUGAAGAUCUUUGAAAUGGUAUAAUUUUUUUUUCUUUGGCAUUCAUUAGCGGCAACAAUGGCUCAUUGUUGUCAUUUAGGAUUUUCUAAUUUGCUCCGCCUACCUGAGUUCUCAAACUGUGAAAAGGCAUUACAGAGCAUUUAGCUAUAGAGCACUUUGUUUCAACAUAUGAUUGACCACCUGCUGUUUUCAUUUUUCUUCUUAAUUCAACACAUUGUUACAUUUAAUCUUCCUAUGGCUGUAUACAUGAAUGAGGGAUGGAGAAACACAAGUUCUAGCUAUGUUCUUUAUUUAAAGUGCUGUGAGAAUAAGACUCAGCAUGGUUUUGCAUGUAAUGGAAAAAAAUCAAGCCUUCAUUUUACUCCUCAUAAGAGCUGAAAUUAGUGGAGACCACCAUCAUUCACUGUCAGUGUGGGUGUGUAAAACAUACAAAGAACUUCUGCAGUUUCUAAAUACUUUAAUGUCUCUCUAACACAGUUAAUUUAUUCAUAAGUGCUUAAACACGACGCAUUUCUAAUGUGUCCUGACAUUAAUGCUGAGGUGCAGCCGUUUUCGUUUUGUUUUGGGGCCUGUUAUGAGAUUUUAUAAUGUUGCUCAAAUUAUAAUUAGAUCUUUCUAAGGGGCCAAUAUUUUUCAAUUAACUUGACCAUUUAGCGAUUAAAGGAAACAUUUUGUUAAGAACAAAAGAUUAACAGAUUUGUAUAUGAAAUCAAAAUUGACUACUGAGUAAACAUUUAGAAUUCUUUGCACAGCAGAUUUUUGGGGAUUUUACUUGGUUUACAUACUGUUACUCACACUUGCAGUGGUAGCUUUUUUUAAUGUUCUCUUAACUUUGCAGUGAAUUAUUAACAAAAAGCAGAUUGGACAUGAUUUUUUUUUUUUUUGGUUAUGUAAGUGUGGCCUGUGAAAUAACACUUAGCUUUGAUGAGAAUAAACACAGAAGAUGUAUAUUUUUCUUGACAUCCUGUCAUAAUCUGCUCUUAAUCCUGAACUUUUUAAAUGUGUGAGCACUUGCAACUCUCAGUAUAGCUUUGAUGUUGUAAACCUACCCUUUCCAUCAGGUUUCACUGUUAAGAUGGAUGAAUAAAGAUACCAUUUAUAUAGA